AGCCGGCCCUUCACGCUGCAGUUAAUAACUGCAUGCAGAGCAUGUCCAGACGCAGAACGCUUAGGUCAGACCUGCAAUUCUUCAUGAUCGCUUUCAGUUCCAGCACACAGGGGAAGAGCUUUUGCAUUUGCAGCAACAAGUGAAAAGAAAAGCUCAAGGAAGAAGUCAGGCGGGGCUUCGCAGGACUGCAGGACCCAUUGGCAGGACUCCUGGACAUGCUGGAGGGCAGCGGUGAUUGGAAGGGGAAGGGGCAUUCCCUCGGGUAUUACAUCACCACAGAGCUGCAGCUUUGGAUAAAAGAGCAUCCUGCUGCUCAACAGUCUGGCAUCAAGCUGAAGAAGCUGCAGGCCCGUGUGCUGGGAGUACUAGCCCAGUGCCCAGCUAAUCUUCUUGACCCUUUGAUUAGCAUUUACCAGCUCCAUACAGCAGACCGGAACUAUUUGCUUGGACAUGUCAGUCAUCUUUAUCACAAGGGCGAUUACAAAGAGGCAGCCAUGCUGAGUAUUAAGCUAAAAUUGCAGCCAGAUCAAGAUGUGGAGAAGAUGUGCACGCCACUUCUGCUCCAAGAUAAAAUUAACUUGAUGGAAGAUUAUGUGGAAGAAUAUCCUGAGCUCCAGAGCAAGCUCUUGCACAUCCUGGACACGUGGUGUGAACCCCAUUUUAACAUCAAAGACAUCACAAGACAGUACCAAGGCCUGUUCAGGUACAAGCCGGAGAAAUUUAACCGCAAAACACUAAGCAAGCUGGUCUUCAGGCUCCUAGAGCGGUUUAACGUUGAUCCAGCUCUCUGCCCUAAUGUCGUAAAUCAGCGGCACUUGAGAACUCUGAAAUACCUCUUUUACAAGAGAUUUGUUGAGAAAACCAUGACUCAGGAGAACUGGGCAGACCACGUCCAGAGCACAGUUGGAGAGAAUCGAUGGCUUCAAGGACACCUGAUACAGCUGCUCACCAGUUACUGUGAUCUGAACACAGCAGCAAGAUGGGCCCAACGCUGCAAUUUGCCCAAGGAGAUGCUGCCUUGCAGAGUAGCUGAUGAGCUUCAAAAGCUUCAGAUCCAAGAGAGAGUUGAAGAAGUCGCAGUAGAUAAUUAUGAACGGAGUAAGAAGAAGGACUAUUACCAACUUCCCAUUCCACGGGCAAAUAUUCACCUCCUGCAGACAUGGGAAGAGAUGCUGCAGUGCUGGGAAAAGGUGCUGCAGCCUGCGCAGGUUGUUGGCAUUGACAUGGAGUGGAGGCCUUCUUUUGGCAUGGUUGGGAAGCCCCGUGUCUCCCUCCUUCAGAUCGCUCUGAAGGAUGAGGUGUUCCUGCUUGACCUGCCCCGGCUCUUCCAGCAAGCUGAGGUGGAUGGUGAGAAGGAGAAGCUUCCCCAUUUCAUCCAAAUGCUCUAUUCAGAUGCAUCCAUCACUAAACUAGGUUAUGGGAUGUCUGGAGACCUUAGCAACCUCGCAGCUAUGUGGUCUGCUUUGAAAGACGCAGAUAAGAAAGCCAAAGGCAUGGUGGACCUACUCACAGUGGACAAACGACUGCAGAAGCGCUCCAUUGACUCGAAGAAGGGUGGCCGGGAGGUCGAUGUCCUGUCCCUGGAGCAGAGCGAUGAGGGGAGAGGAAUCAAGCAGCCAGAGAAAGGACUCAGCCUCUUGGUGCAAUACGUCCUGGGGAAACCUCUAGAUAAAACAGAGCAACUUUCUAACUGGGAGAAACGGCCUCUCCGGGAGGAGCAGAUCCUCUAUGCAGCUUCAGAUGCCUACUGUUUGCUGGAGAUCUACGAGAAGCUCUGUAAGGAUCCAGAGAGCUUUGGGCUGAGCUCAGACCUGACAAAGAGUCUGCUGGGAAAGGAAAGCAUAAAACCCAAGGCAAAGAAGCAGCUGAAUAAACAAGAGGCACUGUCACCUUCUGGACAGCAAUGCCAAGGAUCCAGAACAGAGACCCUGUGUUGCCCUGCUCCCAUCUCUCCAAAGGAGUUCAGUGUGGUCUGUGAUAACAUGCUGCAAGGCCUCGGGCGCUAUCUUCGCUGCCUUGGUGUGGAUGUCCGGAUGCUGGAGAACGGCGAUGACCAUAGGAAGGCUGCUGAGAUUGCCCGACAGGAAGGAAGAGUCAUUUUAACCUCUGGACUCCCAUAUCACACUCUGCAGUCCCAGGUAGCAGAAGGAAGGUGUUUCUCAGUGAACAGCUCAGAAAAGGCAAAAGAACAGGCCCUGCAUGUUCUGAAGCACUUCAAUGUUCAAGUAUCCCUCUCGGAUAUCUUCAGCCGCUGCCAGGUCCAGGGCUGCUGCCGGCCCUGGGGACAAGUGCGCUCUGUCAGAGGACACGGCACAUCUCCCACACUGGACAUGAGUGUGAACGUGAGGAGCUGCGGGGUAGCACCAGGAGGUUGGGAUGGACUGAAGGCAAUGGACAAGCCCUCGUGGAUGCUCCUCUGUCACAGCUACAGCAAGUUUGGCAGUGCUGUGCCUGCUCUUCCCUGGAGAGCACCAGCCUCUGCAGGACCUGUAGGACUCAGUCGGCACUGGGAAGCCCAAGGACGAUGGGCAGGGGGACAGGGGUCUCGGCUCAGCUCUAAGCCUCUCAUCUGCAUCAGCUCUCCCUGCUCCUGCCUCAUCCGCCCCGGCUGCUGGGUAAGGAUCGCUUUUCACUUUGGACAAACCUUAAUGCCCAUUUACUUGGCUCAGCUGGGGGCUUGAUGAAACCAUGGACAAGCAGUAAUACCCUUGUACUCAUCUCCAUGAUGAGUCAGAAUGAGAUACAGAAUGAGAUAUAGAAUCAGAGAAUCAGCCAGGUUGGAAAAGCCCUUUAAGCUCAUCCAGUCCAUCCCUUACCCCAGCACUGCCAAGGCCACCACUAACCCAUGGCACUGAGGCCUCAUCUCCACGCUGUGUGAACACUUGCAGGGACGGUGCCUGCAGCCCUGCCCUGGGCAGCCUGUUCCAAUGCCUGAGCACCCUCUGGGGCAGGAAUGUGUGCAGAGGUGCUGCCACGGUCAGUGCUUCCCCCUUGCUGCCGCCAGCCCCAAGGUACCUGUGUUGGAUGAUGAACUGAACCUGCUGCCAGGUUUCCCAUCCGAUCUGCUGGACACUGAGUGAAACAAGAGGGUUUAAUGAACCCAGCCCAAGGCACCAGGACACGGCCUGCGUUUAUCAUGUUCUGCUUCCCCCUGAAUUCCAGUCCUCUGACACGUUUAGACCGAACCUGAUGACCCACAUCUGACUGCGGCAACGGGGACGAAAAGUGACCUUUGCAGAGGAGCUGCCCAGGGGAGCAGCCGCGUGUGCUUGGGGCCACCCCGGGCCACUGCUCACAGCCCUGCCCUGGAGAGGAGCGGCUGGCAGCGCCGAAACGCUCAUUGCUUGUAAUUCAAUUACCUUGCAAAGCAGAGCCCAGCGCCGAGGACACCGUCACAGCAUCCCCUGGCAGAGAAACAGCUCUGGGAGCCAUCACCCGCGUCCUGUGUGAAAGAGCUGAGUGAGCUCCUGCAGGAUCUAAUAAACACGUGUGUGUAACGCAAAA